GUUCAACUGAACAUCUUCACCUUCUUAUCGACGCAACCAAUCAACCCCCAAAGUCACAAUUAUAUCGACAUGUCUGAGGAAGUUGCCAUCAUCGGCGCCGGUCUAGCUGGCUUGACUCUUGCCCUCGCUUUGCACCAACAAGGCAUCAAAUCCACCAUUUACGAAUCGCGACCUGCUCCCCUCAACAUUGGCGGGGCAGUCAUGCUUUCACCCAACGCUCUCAAAGUGCUGGACGCUCUCGAUUUGUACCAGGCCGUCCGCGCGAAGGGAUUCAACUUUGAAGAGCUUGAGAUGCAAAAGGUCGACGGUGAACUGAUCGAGAUGUAUGAGUUCGGCAGCGAGGAGAAGUACGGGUUUCCUGGAAACCGAAUCUACCGCUUCGAGCUCAUCGACAUCAUCCUGGGCAAGAUCAAGGAGCUUGGCAUCCCUACCAGGUUCGGUACGAAAUACACGCGGGUUCUCGAAGAGACAAAUGAUCAUGUCGUUUGGGAAUCGGCUGAUGGCAACAAACACACUGCUUCCUGCCUCGUCGGAGCCGAUGGAAUUCAUUCUACCGUCCGCAAGUACCUUUACCCCGACCUCGUGCCGAGAUUCACCAACAUGGCUGGCAUUACGGCCGCGGUGCCCACCGCACCUGUCAAGCACCUAGGCAAGCCAAUCACCAAGCCCGUGACCAUCAUCUCUGAGCAAAAGGGGGCCUUUGUCAUCGCGCCCCAACGCGUUGAUGGCUCCGAGGCCCUGAUUGGCAAGCAGAGGCGAGUGGAGGAGAUGAGUCGCGAGGGAUGGGACCGGUACAUCGCGGACAAGGAGUCUUUGAUCAAGUUCAUGCAAGAAGACGCCGGGGCUUUCGGAGAGGUCGCCAUGAGCUCGACGAAGCACAUUGACCCGAACAAGAUGAACGUCUGGCCGUUCUACGUCAUCCCACAGCUCGACAAGUGGGCCUCGGAGGGACGACGCGUCGUGAUCCUCGGCGACAGCGCCCACGCCAUCCCGCCGAGUGCAGGACAGGGUAUCAACCAGGCGUUCGAGGAUGUCUACAUGUUCGCCUUGCUCCUGGCUGCGAGCGCGGCGGGGAGGGUCGACUUCCAGGCUGCAUUGACCUUCUGGCAGGACUAUCGACAGGGGAGGGUCAACAAGGUCCUGGAUGUCAAUAAGCAGAUCGAUCUCAGGAGACUCCCCAAAGACCAGCUCAAGGGUGUGUCGGCGGAAGGGGUGGCUCAGCAAGACUUUGACCUUACCUGGCUCUAUGCGCCGGAUUUCAAGGCGGAUGUUGAGGAUUGGGUCAAGAGUCACGGUGCCGCUGCAUAG